UUUUUUUUUUUUUCUAUUUUAUGACCAUUGUAUUAUAGAUCUCUUAAUGAUGAAAAGCACGUCCGUCUUGGCUGUGUUUCUAUUUUUUCCUUCAUUGAUUUAUUGUCAAUUAGCUUCUGGAAACAAUACAGGCAAUUGUACACCUAGUAAUUGUCAAGCAGUUUGCAAUCCUCCAUGUUCUACAGAUAUGAGUUGUGUUCUUGGUACUAUGAAGUCAUGUGGUGUUUGUCCUUCAUCAUCUUGUAUCAGCAAUUCCAUACUUGGUCUUCCAACCUCAGGCAACUCCACCAAUAAUAAUGGUGGUCAACAACAACAACAACAAGACAGUAAUGGUCCUGAUGGUGCUAUGAUUGGGGGCAUUGUAGGUGGAUUAGUAGGCGGUGGGCUUUUAUUGGCUGCUGCCCUUUGUUGGCUCUUUCGACAUCAAAAACAGAAAAAACGAGGACUUCCUUUUAUUGUACCUGGAAAUAAUCGUUUGGAUACGACAUCAUCUGUAGUCAUGUCAACAACAACAACAAGAUCUCCUUCCAGAAUGACAACUGGAUUAUCACCAACUCCUGUGAUUCCCACUUCUUUGGCUUCAUUAUCAUCAGCUCAACGACAUCAACUUCAUAUAGAUCAACAUAUAAACAACAACAACAACAACAACCAUAGUAAUAAUAAUAAUAACAACGGUAAUCAGUUACGACCUAUAUCCAGUUCAAGUUAUUUAGAUGAUGAUGAUGAUCAUAGUAGUCUCAGUAGUUUAAGUCAACGUGGUUCAGUAGCAAUGACAGCAACUAUAGGUAAAAUCCAACAUCAACCAGCAUUGAAAUCAGGUCAAGCAUUCCAAGCAACUCGAAUGAAAGCACACGUCAUGCGAGUCAAUCGACUGGUGGAAGAUAAUAGAUCAAGCAAUGGUACACUUAGUCGUAGUGGAUCAGUACGUACGAUCUUAACACGGGAUAAUUCCAUUCAUUCAUUAUCUCGUUCCAACACAGCACCAUCAAGACCUCAAAAGAACAAUAGCAACAAUAGUACAUCAACUACUUUAGAAUCAUUGAAAACUAAGGAUGAUUCUUCAACAAAACGGAUUUCAGCACCCAUGUUAGUAGCUUCCAAUAAUGAUCCAUUUGAUGAUCGACAUAGUGUAAUUGAAGAUGACAUAGGUGAAAUGUCUAUAACCCCUGCCAAGUAAAAAAAAAAAAAAAAAAAGGAACGCCUUUCUCCUUAUUUAUAUAUAUGUCCUUUUACCCACUUGUCUUCAUUAUUAUUAUUAUUAUUUGUACCACUUGUAUAUUCCUUUUAUGAUGUUUAUUUUUUCCAUUCUUUUUAUACCAACACGCUGGAUUCGUAUUUGCUUCUUUGAUUCAAUUUUGUUCAUUUUUAGUUUAGUUUAUAUACACAAUAAACUUUUUUUUUU